AUGUCAACCGAAGAAUUUGACAGUGACAUGGAGUACUCGGACUCCGACUGUGGUGACAAUGGUUACGAGGACUACUACAACAACCAGCACUGGGGCAGUGAAACUGACAACGACUUUGACAGUGAUCACAAUAAAAAGGACCCAGAGUACGCUAUACACGAUUGUCUGAGAGUUGAGGAAGUAGAGCGGCUGCUGAACGAGAAUGUAGAGGUGCUAAGCACCAAUUUGCACAUAACUCCAUCGCUGGCUAAAGUUUUGCUCCACACGCACAACUGGGCUCUGCAGGACGUGUUAGCUAAGUAUCGUACGAAUGCUUCCAGUUUGUUAGUUAAUUCCAAAAUAAAGUCACCCCAUCCUCCGGAUCCAGCUUCUGCUAUGAAAGCCCAAAAGGGUGGCCAGUGUUCUGUGUGUAUAACUAAUUAUCCGCCGGAAAAAUUUGCAACUCUGACGUGUGGCCACGCUUUUUGCAAAGACUGCUGGUGUAUGCAUUUUGAAGUGCAAAUUUUCCAAGGAAUUUCUACUGGUAUUGAAUGUAUGGCACAAGGAUGUGGCGUAUUAGUACCAGAAGAUUUUGUUCUUUCACUACUGACAAAACCUAAUAUGAGAGACAGAUAUCAAAGUUUUGCAUUUCGUGAUUAUGUAAAAACACAUCCUCAAUUACGUUUUUGUCCGGGACCCAAUUGUCAGAUAGUUAUGAAGUCUAAAGAACGUCGAGCUAAAAGAGUUAUCUGCUUAUCAUGUAAAACUAUUUUUUGUUUCUGUUGUGGAAUGGACUAUCAUGCUCCAACAGACUGUAAGACAAUAAAAAUGUGGUUGACUAAAUGCGCCGAUGAUUCUGAGACAGCAAACUAUAUUAGCGCGCAUACCAAAGACUGUCCUAAAUGUCACAUUUGUAUAGAGAAAAAUGGGGGUUGUAAUCACAUGCAGUGCUACAAUUGUAAGCAUGAAUUCUGCUGGAUGUGCCUUGGAGAUUGGAAGACUCACGGUAGCGAGUAUUAUGAAUGCUCGAGAUACAAAGACAAUCCAAAUAUUGCGCAUGAAAGCUCUCAUGUCCAAGCAAGAGAGGCACUGAAAAAAUAUUUACAUUAUUACGAGCGAUGGGAAAAUCAUAGCAAGUCUCUAAAACUUGAAGAACAAACGUUAGAAAAUAUAAAAUCAAGAAUAAAUAAAAAAGUUAUGAAUGCCAGUGGUACUUGGAUUGAUUGGCAGCAUUUAUUUGGCGCGGCUUCAUUGUUAGCCCGUUGUCGCUACACUUUACAGUACACAUAUCCAUAUGCGUAUUAUAUGGAACCUGGACCGCGUAAACAACUGUUUGAGUACCAACAAGCACAGUUGGAAGCUGAAAUCGAGAACUUGUCAUGGAAAAUAGAACGAGCUGAAACCACAGACCGUGGUGAUUUAGAAAAUCAGAUGGACAUUGCUGAGAAACGUCGUGUUACUCUUCUGAAAGAUUUUCUAGAUGAUGCAGUUGAUUACAAUAACAAGUAUUAUCAAGAGGAUCAAAGAGCUUGA